AUGUCCACCCUACCACUAAAGGCCUUGUCUCGACUAUGGGGCCGCUUCAACGAGCUCGAGAUACCCUAUUACCUCCGUGUUCCCGGAUUCAAGCUUUAUUCCUUCAUUUUCGGCGUCAACCUCUCUGAAGUAUCGCAGCCAGACUUGCACGUAUAUCCUAAUCUCGCAUCUUUUUUCUACCGGUCCCUGAAACCUGGUGUCCGGCCGCUAGAUCCCAAUCCUAACGCAGUUCUCUCCCCAGCAGACGGGAAAGUUAUCCAGUUUGGGAUAAUAGAGCACGGCGAAGUCGAGCAAGUCAAAGGCGUCACGUAUAGUCUCGAUGCUCUUCUAGGCUCCGUCCGGCCGUCAAAACAAAAUGCCAUCACGCCCGUUGAAGCCGGAACCAGCGGCUCUCGCACCAAGGUAGGCGACGAAGAAGUGAUCCGGGCAGACGAAGAAUUCGCCCAAGUAAACGGCAUCUCCUACACCCUCCCCAACCUCUUCUCCGGCCCAUGGCCUAAUGCCGGAAACCCCUCCGAAAUGCCCACCGACCAAUCAACCCACCCAACCGCCUCCUCGGAGGCUGAGGUCCGCGCCGAUCUCGCCCUCAGCGAAGCCUCUCGUCCCUGGUGGGCCCCCGCUUCCACCAUAACCCCAACCUCCCUCUACUACUGCGUCAUCUACCUCGCUCCUGGCGACUACCACCGCUUUCACUCUCCCGUCUCCUGGGUCGUCGAAAGCCGCCGUCACUUCGCCGGAGAACUCUACAGCGUGUCCCCGUACCUCCAGCGCACGCUCCCAGGCCUCUUCACCUUAAACGAACGCGUUGUGCUACUAGGUCGUUGGCGCUGGGGCUUCUUCUCCUACACUCCUGUUGGCGCCACAAAUGUCGGCUCUAUCAAAGUGAACUUCGAUCGCGAGCUCAGUACGAAUUCCUUAACUACAGAUACAGCUGCUGAUCGCGCGGCGGAAGAAGCUGCGGCGCGAGGAGAAGCGUAUUCGGGGUUUGCAGAGGCGACGUAUGAAGGUGCGAGUCAGUUACUUGGGGGUCAUGCGCUGAAGCGGGGAGAAGAGAUGGGCGGGUUUCAGCUGGGGAGUACGAUCGUGCUUGUUUUUGAGGCUCCAAAGGGGCAGAGACCGAGUCUGGAUGAGGGGUUUAAUAGGGAGAGGAAGGGUGGGUUUAAGUGGAGGAUUAGUCGGAGCCAGAAGGUUAAAGUAGGGGAGGCAUUAGGGUAUGUUGAGGAGGCGUAG